UAUCCAUUUAUCAAAGCUCAUCAAAGAACUUCCAAAAUGAUUUAACUUUCUUCAUUCUUCAGGGAUUAUUCAUUCACAGAGCAGGUCACCAGUUCAUAUCUUAAAUCCCAGGGCUCGCAUGCACUCUUUGUGGGCCUCAAUUAGAUGUCCACAAUGCUCUUCUCCUUUCUCGAUGAUGCACGCAUCGCGCGCUUUCUUGGUCUCCGGGCAGGCGCAGCAGGGCUUCAGUGGCUUCUUUUCCUGAGACUCGGCCGGCGCCGGGCUCGCAGCUGCCAAACCUGGCAUCUUUCAAGCCGAAAGCAGAUACAAGCGCCCAAGUCCUACACGUUGUGAGC